GUUGCUCCUUUCAUUUAAUACUUUUAUCUCAAUUUGUUUAUAAAGUGAAAUGUAUUCAAAUGCAUUGAAGACUGGGUGUCGCACUGCCAUGCAAGCAUGGAAAUUCAAAAACGAAUUGGGCAAAUUACGCCUUGAUUUGGCAAAGGCAAAUACAGAGUUCACGCAGCAUUUAUUGAAAGCUGUCAGUUGCAAUUGUCCCGUUAGCUCGACGCGAUUCAUCCAAAAGCGACACCGCAUAAAAAUUGCUUUGCAACGCCAACGAAUACAGCAGUCACAGCCGCAAAUUAAGCAAAAAUUUGCAAUUGAGUUGCGUUCACGUUUGUAUUCAUAUCGUUGUUAUCGCGAAUUAACUGCAAUCGCUGUUGUCGUAAUUGCUUCAAAACAAUCCCAGCUGCCUUCUGUUGUGUCUCCAAAAAUAAAUUGUGCUCAGCUAUCACCAAUUGAAAAUUUUUUAUGCACAGAAAAUUGUCAUUUGUCUGAACACCUGGAUAGUGCUAUAUCGUCUAAGCAGUACGUAAAACAGCAAAAACAAUUCUACCGCGACUACUCUAACGCAUCUUUUGGAGCACCACUUAAAUACACAGAAGCGCCACUAUUGGGUGAUCUGUGCCAGAAGUACGGUUUAGUUAUUUCACGCACAUCCGCCGACGUUGGUCUAAAUUACGUAGCUGGUCAUAGAAAUCAAUUUCACAGAAAAAUGUCAACAUCGAGUCAGAAGGAGUUUAAGCGUCUCCCAACCAAUGUUGUGCCAACGCACUAUGAUUUAGAAUUACAGCCGAACCUGGAGGCUUUCACUUUUGAGGGCAAAACUAGUGUGAACCUAAAGAUAUGUGACACGACUAAAUGCAUCACGCUAAAUGCCUUGGACAUAAAAAUUAAUUCAGUUGAAUUGGAUGUUAAUGGCGAGAAAUUGCAGCCAAGCAAUAUUUCAUAUUCCACCGAUAAUGAGACUGUCACGUUAACUUUUGAUCAGGAACUACCAGCAGGGGCCGCUGGCAUUUUAAAAAUGUCCUUUGCCGGAGAGCUUAAUGAUAAGAUGAAAGGCUUCUAUCGUAGCAAGUAUUUUACACCUGGUGGCGAAGAGCGCUAUGCUGGCGUAACUCAAUUCGAAGCUACUGAUGCUAGACGUUGCUUCCCCUGUUGGGAUGAGCCCGCAAUCAAGGCAACAUUUGACAUAGCACUAAUUGUGCCACUGGAUCGAAUUGCUCUUUCCAAUAUGCCAGAAGUCAAGGAGGAAAAUUUAGGACAUAAUUUGCGUCGCAUAAGUUUCGAUAGGACACCAAUUAUGUCUACUUAUUUGGUGGCGGUUGUGGUUGGUGAAUACGAUUAUGUCGAAGGCAAGUCGGAAGAUGGCAUAAUAGUACGAGUUUUCACGCCUGUUGGCAAGAAGGAGCAGGGCAUUUUUGCACUCGAAGUAGCCACAAAAGUAUUGCCGUAUUAUAAAAGUUAUUUCAACAUUGCAUAUCCAUUGCCAAAGAUGGAUUUGAUAGCGAUUUCCGAUUUUUCGGCCGGUGCGAUGGAGAAUUGGGGCCUUGUAACAUAUCGUGAGACAUUUGUAUUAGUGGAUCCGAAAAAUACCUCACUUAUGCGCAAGCAAUCGAUUGCUUUAACUGUGGGCCACGAGAUCGCACAUCAAUGGUUUGGUAAUCUGGUUACCAUGGAAUGGUGGACACAUUUAUGGUUGAAUGAAGGUUACGCUUCGUUCGUUGAAUUCCUGUGCGUAAAUCACUUGUUCCCAGAAUAUGACAUUUGGACGCAAUUCGUGACUGAUAUGUAUACGCGAGCCUUAGAAUUAGAUUCGCUGAAAAACUCACAUCCCAUUGAAGUGCCUGUCGGCCAUCCAUGUGAGAUAGACGAGAUUUUCGAUGAAAUUAGCUACAACAAAGGUGCUUCUGUUAUUCGUAUGCUGCACGAUUAUAUUGGCGAGGAGGACUUUCGUAAAGGCAUGAACAUCUAUUUGACACGCCAUCAAUACAAGAACACAUUUACGGAGGAUUUGUGGGCUGCUCUGCAAGAGGCGAGCUCGAAGCCUGUGGCUAAAGUGAUGUCGACAUGGAUUAAAUUGAAGGGAUUUCCAGUAGUUAGUGUGGAGUCUAUACAAAAAGGUGAUAAUCAGCGGGUUUUGAAGCUAACGCAGAACAAAUUUACUGCUGAUGGGUCAGCACCAGAUGGUGAUUACACCUGGGUGAUCCCAGUGACGGUAUCAACGUCUCGCGAUCCAAGCAAGAUCGCAAAAACCUUUUUGUUAGAUAAGAAGACAAUGGAAGUGGUGUUGGAGGAUGUGAGCGCCGAUGAUUGGGUUAAAAUAAAUCCUGGUACAGUCGGUUUUUAUCGUACGAGGUAUUCCAAAGAAAUGCUUGAGAAAUUAUUGCCAGCUGUGCGGAAAAUGGUUUUACCGCCUCUAGAUCGUUUGGGUUUGAUUGAUGACAUGUUCGCUAUGGUGCAAGCGGGCCAAGCAAGUACUGCUCAGGUUUUACAACUUAUCGAUUCGUAUCGCAAUGAAUCCAAUUAUACUGUAUGGACUGCUAUCACCAAUUCUUUGGCUAACUUGCAUAUAUUAAUUUCGCAUACCGACUUAAUGGAACACUUCAACCGUUAUGGAGAAAAAUUAUAUCGUCCAGUGGCUGAACGAUUAGGUUGGGAUGUGCAAGAGGGUGAAAAUCAUUUGGAUACGUUGUUGCGCAGCUUAGUUUUAUCGCGCUUGGUAUCGUUCCGUUGUAAGGAUAUUAUUGCAGAAGCACAAAAACGGUUUCGAGAACACGCUGAUGGAACAAAUCCCAUACCAGCUGAUUUACGUUCAACUUGCUAUAAAGCCGUGUUGCAAGACGGUAAUGAAAAAAUCUUCAAUGAAAUGUUGCAACUUUACCGUUCCACAGACCUCCACGAAGAACAGGACCGCAUCUCGCGUGCGUUGGGUUGCAUUGGAAAUGUAGAUUUAUUGCGUAAAGUUAUUGAUUUUGCGAUGUCGGGAGAAGUACGCGCACAAGACUCAGUUUUUGUUAUUGUUGCUGUCGCUGUUAACCCCAAAGGACGCGAUAUGGCUUGGGAAUUCUUCAAAGACAAUAACCAAAAGCUAUUAGAGCAAUAUCAAGGAAGUUUUCUGCUUACACGUCUUAUAAAAUAUUUGAUUGAAAAUUUUGCAUCGGAGGAGCGAGCAGUUGAAGUAGAAGACUACUUUAAGAAGAAUCAGUUCCCUGGAACUGAGCGCACUGUAUCUCAAGCCGUGGAGACAAUUCGUCUUAAUGCUAAUUGGUUAAAACGAGAUCUUGAUUCGUUGACGUCCUACUUAAAACAGCAAUAAAAGAAUAGGAAUUCAAUUUACAUAACAACUUUGCCCAGACAUAAUAAAUAGAAAAUAAUAUGUAUGAAAUUAUGAAGGAAAAAUGUAUUAGGAGGAUUUCACAGCUGUAUUAGCAGCAUAAAAAGCCAAAGCUCAUUACAAUCCCAUUUAAUCGUUUGACACUUUGAUUGGCUACGCUGCUUGCCAUGCUUAAUUUACUAUGAAGUUUAUGUUAACAACAUAAGAUGUACACAACGUUUUCGAAGACAGUUUUGCGGUAAUUAUAUCGAAAUAUUUAUGUGUACUACUAAAAGACUCAAAUAUUCUUAUGCCUCUAAUAAUCGAGAAUCAUGAAAUAGAAAACUUCUAUCAUCACAAAAAAUUGAUAUUGCCUCCAAAAAAAA